UGUAACAGAGCACUCUGUUAAAAACGUAAACAUUGAGAAAAAAAAAAAAUUACAAUUCUCUUUGCUUUUGUUUGUGAUGACCAGCGAAUUAGACAACAAAGCAAAUCCACCUAUAUAUUGUGACUACUUCAAGCUUCAACUUAUUGAAGAGUUAGCCUUGGAAAAGGACUAUCGGGAGCUGCACUACGGCAAAGUUGCAGUGAUUGGACGUUUCAGCUCCGAGACUGAGGUCAUCUGUUUGGAAAACGUGCUCAUAGAACAUAUGCCAAGGGAAUAUAGAUUGUCGACUGGAACAAUUUCAGUGCUGCUUUUGGACUUUCAUUACGAUAAGGUUUAUGGGGAGCCUUUGACCCACAGAAAUUUGUGCAUUUUGCGGGGAGAAGUGCUACUCUUCAAUCUAGAGAAACCCACAUCUCCUAAGCUAUCCACACGCUUCAUUCACGAGACUCUAAGCAAACUAAACGUAGCUCAGCAAAUAGAAUUCCUAGAGAAUAUACAUAGAACGUAUAAGCCGGCAAUUAAUGUAUGGUAUGCGAAACGCAUAGAAUUGGCCAGUGAAUUAAUACAAAGAAAGCUAGAGCUAAGAAUGUUAGAUUCAAACCAAUAA